GGACACGUCAAUAAAUGUUAGUUCAAUUCAUUCAACAAAUGUAACGAAAGCUUUUGUAAUAUUCUGUAAUAUUGUACAUGUCUUCGCAUUAUUGGAUUCAACCUUGUUAAUUACAAACUGGUACAAUGAAGCUGUUCUCCAGUUUUCUAUGCCUGUUGGCGAUACUUCAUUGCUCAUAUGCCCCACCUGUGACACCAGAUAAGUCAACUGAACAUGACAGCGAAGUCAAGGAUGACUUGGAGGAGUAUAUGGAGUACCACAGAUACCUGAAAGAAGUUGUACAAGCUCUGGAAAGUGAUCCCGAUUUCAGGGAACGCCUAGAAAAGGCUGAUGAGGAGGAUGUUCGAUCAGGCAAAAUAGCAGAACAAUUGGACUUUGUCAACCAUAACGUACGCACAAAAUUGGAUGAAAUUAAACGUCGUGAAUUGGACAGACUACGCCACUUGGCUACGAAGCAAUUUGAAAUAACAAACAACCUGGAACAUACCGGUAAGGUGGCUACGAAUGAGCAUUUAGAUCACAACAAUCCUCACACAUUUGAAAUUGAAGAUUUGAAAAAGCUUAUUCAGAAGACAACCUCUGAUUUAGAGGCCGCUGAUAAGAAACGUAAAGAGGAAUUCAAGGAAUAUGAAAUGCAAAAGAAAUUCGACGAACAUCAAAAGGUAGAAAGUAUGGAUGAGACACAGAAGAAAGAGUAUUUGGACAAAGUUAAGAAGGAGGAAGAAGCGAUCAAGCACCACGAGCCGUUACAUCACCCCGUGACAAAGGAUCAGUUAUUAGAGAUCUGGAAAAAUGCCGACAAAAUGGAUUCAAAAGAUUUCAACCCAAAGGUGUUUUUCAUGAUGCAUGACGUUGAUGGCAACGGCGUUUGGGACGCUGACGAAGUGAAGGCCUUGUUUAUCAAGGAGUUGGACAAGUUGUAUGGCCCCGGGGGUCCGAACAAGGACUUGCAUGAGCGCGCUGAAGAGAUGGAGAGGAUGAGGGAGCACGUCUUCAAGGAGAACGACCGCAACCGAGACGGAUUGAUCGACUUCAACGAAUUCAUGACUGAAACUCAGAAGGCUGAGUUCAAUCAGGAUGAUGGUUGGAAGACUAUCGAGGAGAAUCAGAUCUACACUCAGAAUGAGUAUGAAGAGUACGAGAAGAGGCGUCUGGAAGAGCUCAGAUAUCUACAGCAGCGUGGUCUGGUUGAUGCUCUCGGCCAGCCGGUCCCUGGAGCCCAACACCAAAUCCAUCAGGCGCUGCAGCAGUACCGCACGUACAUGCAUCAGCAGGCUUACCAACAUCAAGGACAGCAGCAAUUCCAAGGACAGCAGCAGCAUUACCCACCUGGCCAGGCUCCACAAGGUCAAGUACCUCAUGGACAACCCCCGACUUACCAACAACCGCAGCAAUAUCAACAAGGGCAACCUCAAUACCAGGGACAGGUCCCACAGGGACAAUACCAAGUCCCCCAGGGCCAGUACCAACAGCCAUCUCAAGUUCAGUACCAGGGGCAACAACAACCCCAAGCGCAGUUCCAAGGGCAGCAACCCCCGCAAGGACAAUUCCAAGGACAGCAACCACCGCAAGGUCAAUUCCAGCAGCAGCCACAGCAGCCUCCUCAGGGCCAAUUCCAACAGCAACAGCAGCCUCCUCAAGGCCAAUACCAGCAGCCUUCUCAGGCUCAGUUCCAAGGCCAACAACCCUCCCAAGCACAAUACCAAGGGCAACAACAGCAGUACCAGGGGCAAGCGCCACCAGCUCAGCCCGUAGGCCAAGUGCCAGCUCAGAAUAACGCGAACCAGGGCCAAGCCCCGCCGGUUCAACAGGCACAGGCCACCCUGGGCCAGGCACCCGCCCAGCCAGCUCAAGGACAAGCGCCACAAGUACAACAGACGCAACAAAAUCAACCAUCAGCGCGAGUUUAAAAAAGAACUUUACUCUAAUGAAUUUCCCAACAAUUUCUUAAUGCGAUCUGUCAACAUGGAUGUGUAAUUGUGACUCUAUUUGUGACUUUGCUUUACGUUUUUAAAUAAUGACUUAAUAAUUAUUGUUAUAAUAAUGAGUGCCAAAUUCGUCACACGCUUUUAUAUAUAUUUUCUUCUCAAAAAUGCUCGUUUUUUGAUUAUUUAUAACAAUUCUGUCAUAGGCAGAAUAAUGUAAAUUAGGUAAUUAAGUAGUUAAAUAAAUGACAUAGCAAACAGUUGCAACUAUUUUUGUGUUUUAAAAGUCAACAGAAUUAGGAUCUGUUUUCCAAUCAAUAGUUUUUAAUAUUUUUUCCAACUAACACCGAUAAACAAUUAGGUUCUCAUUAGGUAGAAUUUGUAUUUGAAGACUGAUAAAUCAGCUCUUAUUGAUCCCUAAUAUGUAAUUGUAGCAUUGGACGUAAUAAAUUAUACCUUAAACGUAACAAUAGUGUAAUUCUGUCAAGAUAUUAAAUAAAUAUUCGUCUAAAACCGUU